AUGGUGUGGUGCGACCGUGGGGUCCAGCUGCUGCUGACCACGGCGGGCGCCUUCGCCGCCUUCAGCCUCAUGACCAUCGCCAUCGGCACCGACUACUGGCUCUACUCGAGCGCCAACGUCUGCAACGGCACCAACGUUACCGCCCCGGACGACACCUCGCCGAGCCAGCCCAAGAAGGCGAAGGGCGACCUCACCCACUCCGGCCUCUGGAGGAUCUGCUGUGUGGAAGGAAUAUAUAAAGGGCACUGUUUCCGAAUCAAUCACUUCCCUGAAGAUAACGACUAUGAUCAUGAUAGCUCUGAAUACCUUCUCCGUAUCGUCCGUGCCUCCAGUGUAUUUCCUAUACUAAGUACAAUAUUACUGUUACUGGGAGGGCUCUGUAUUGGAGCUGGGAGGAUUUAUAGCAGCAAAAACAACAUUAUCCUCAGUGCUGGAAUUCUAUUUGUUGCAGCAGGAUUAAGUAACAUUAUAGGAAUAAUUGUCUACAUAUCCAGCAAUGCAGGUGAUCCUAGCGAUAAACGGGAUGAGGACAAAAAGAACCAAUACAACUAUGGAUGGUCUUUCUAUUUUGGAGCCUUGUCUUUCAUUGUGGCAGAGACGGUCGGAGUUCUGGCUGUGAACAUUUAUAUUGAAAAAAACAAAGAACUGAGGUUUAAGUCCAAGAGGGAGUUCCUUAAGACUUCUUCCUCUUCUCCUUAUGCCAGGAUGCCCAGCUAUAGAUACAGGAGGAGGAGGUCCAGAUCCAGUUCACGAUCUACAGAGCCUUCUCCAUCCAGGGAUAUUUCUCCUGUUGGCAUGAAGAUGGCAGGUUCUAUUCCCAUGAAUGAGAUCUCCAUGUACACCUUGUCCAGGGAACCCUUGAAGGUCACAACAGCGGCAAGUUACAAUAUGGAACAAGAUGCUGGUUUUCUUCAAGUCCACAAUUUCCUUCAAAAGGAAUUCAAAGAAGGACUUCAUAUCAACAUGGUCAACAGGAGAACAACACCUGUUUGA